AUGUCACAGGUCCCUGUGGCCUCACCGGCCUCCUGGUCGUCAGUCGCUUCAGCCGCCGCAGCCGCCGUAUCGGCUGCUACAAGUGCAUCGAGCUCGCUGGCUGCUUCUGUUGAUGAGCCAGCAGCCACUACGGCUACUGCAGCAACCGCUUCUUACGCAGACGAACGAAACCCUCUCAUCGCAUUGUUCGAUGGCCUCCUCCGCGUCGUACUUGCCUCGCUCAACCUCAUCCGCAUCCUGGCCACUUUUUCCACCAUUACGGUCCCAAGUCUGGUCUAUGCCAUUCUUCACUACAGUUUGACGCUCCAACUCAACUUUCCGUCCCUUGCUCUCCUCUUUCUCACUUCGUUGAUAUCCGCUUUCAUCUGGCUUCGCUACCGUCAUCUCAACAAGUAUGAGCGCCUCCGCGAGGUUCCUAUCACUCGAGACGAGGGCUUCAACCUCAACCCUGACGUCGCCUCACCCGGCGGAGACAACGACCGCGGCAGCUUUCACAACUACCUGGACGACUUUCUUCAAGCCAUCCGCAUCUUUGGUUUCCUCGAAAAGCCUGUUUUUCACGAACUCGCUCGCCAUUUGCAAACGCGUAGGCUCGUUGCUGGUGAUAGCCUAUCCCUCGACACAGAUUUUUCCUUUUACAUUGUCAUCGACGGCCAUGUUCAGGUUUAUGCGCCUCUUCCGUCUGCCACUGCAAGUGCAGUGGGACAGGACUCGGUCGAAGACGAAGAUGACAGUGGCUACCAGUUGCUCAACGAAGUCGAGAGCGGAGGCACGCUCAGCAGUCUCUUUACCAUUCUCAGCCUCUUCACCGAGGAUGUCAAGCUUUCGUUCGAUGACCAUGAUGACCCUCAUCUCGCUCCUCCCCAUCCUGCCUAUCCCGCCAUGGAUCGUCUCAACAACUCCAGCGCAGCCAACCAUCUAGGUCGUGGCAACAACGCUACUGCCCCUACUUCACCCUAUUCCUCGGCCUUCAACCCACCAUCUCAAACCGCUGCUCAGCUUCAGCUUAACGCAGCUGCCCUCCGCAAUGUACCCGCUGCCAUUUCCACCGAAGGUGCUGUAGAACGCCUCGGAGGUUCCGCCGCUGUCCGCUCCACUUCCAAAUCGUCUCACGCCCGAACCGCGUCCUCUGGCACCGCAUCUGCGACGGUUCAGGAUGGUGACACGAGUACCAUCAUGGAUCCACUAGAGCAGAACGACGACGGCGUCACCAGUUCUUUAUACCAUGCACCCGAUCUUCAAAUGCCUCCUGCACAGGCCGCCGCUCCCUUUUCUCACUUCGCGCCAUCCUACCACCCUUCGCCCGCAGGUACACCAAUUUCGAGCCUGCCGGGAUCCACGCACUCCCCUUAUUUUCGCGGCAGAGCGACGUCUAUUCACGCUCUGCACGAAGCUGCUGGUGGCCCCAACACACCUGGAUCGAUCCUCAGCGCAAUGAGUAGCAGCGCACACGGUCAUUACCACCCACAGGCCGACUACCUUCCUCGACAAGGUGCAGGUACCGUAGCACGCGCCACUGUCGACACCACCCUUGCCGUCAUCCCUGCCGAAGCCUUCAAGCGUCUUACCAAAAAGUUUCCCAACGCUGCUGCGCACAUAGUUCAGGUCAUUCUGGCCCGUCUCUCGCGCGUCACCUUCCACACCGCCCAUAAGUACCUCGGUCUUACCAAGGAGGUCAUGCGAACUGAAAAGUCAAUCAACGAUCUCGCCUGCUUCCCGCUUCCCUCUGAAUUUUACGAGAAGGGCGGCAUGGACAAACUCCGCCAUCGCUUCCUUCCACAGCCAAAUUCGAAACGCGAAACAACGGUUGAUGAUGACUAUUUCCGCGAUUUCCAGGAAUGGACAUCGAUCAGUCAACGCAGCUCCACGCCUGUGCCAGGAUCCAAAGAUGACACGAAGGAUGCCGCCACCAGCAGUCCGCCCAAGGUCAGGAUUGCCUCAGAUUUGCCGUCACUGACGACGAGCUCCAAACAAUCCAACCAAAAACCAACAUCCUCGCGCAUCUCUGCAGCCAGGACGCCAUGGGGACAUCCAGAUCCACCUCUCAAAACACCCACGGCUCGCAACAUGGUUGGACCAGGCGACUUGCUCAGCAUGGCCAGUCUCAGCCAAGAUGGCUGGUACACGACCGGCUUCGACAUGCACUCGGCGCAGCCAACACCACGGGCCAAGCCACGCUCUGUCUCCAAGCUCGAGCCUUUUCACGGUCCCUUGCCGCAUCCUGUGGAUGAUUCCACUGACGGCACAAGUCCGCUUUCAGGUGCCUCGCCAAUUCCAAUACGCAAAGGCAGUUCCACCAUGUACCAUCAAGGCGAAGCCAUUGGCACUGAUCGUCCCUUUGCAAACAUUGGCCUGCCUCAUUUUGACAUAAAAAACGAGGUCAUGGACUGCAUCGCGAAGAGUAUCGGCCUCGCUCAGGCUGCGCACUCACCGCUUGCUCCAAGCUACCAGGCUAGCCCUCACAUUAAUGCGCAGGAUUCUCUUCUGCAGCGCUCCGUGUUCAAGUCGGCUUUUGGCUCGCUUAGCAUGCUCGAUGCUGCUAUGGCGGAAGAAGAGUCGAGCAUCACGGGUACCAACAGUUCCAUGGCUGGGCACGGCCAUUCGGGUUUUCAUCCCUCGGAUUUCGAGAACGAGGUCGAGAUCAAGUUCUUCCCUGCCGGAAGUACCCUCGUCAAGGCGGGGGAGAGUCGUGCCGGACUGUUCUAUGUCAUCGACGGCUUUUUGGACGUUCUACUGCCUGCCGAGGCCAAUGAAUUGGAGGAAGAAGAUCGUUUGAAGCCCAACAUGAAUCACAAAUCGGCGAAGACUGAUGCUAGCAGUGGCUCUUCAAGACAAAACAGACCAGGCUCGCAUCGUAAAGAUUCGUCAUCUGCUUCGCUGCGAGCGGGUCUCCUCGAUGAAAGAAAUCUGCGUGAAGCUGAUGUGUCACUACCUCAACGCAGAGGCACCGAAGCAGAUCGCAUUAGCAGCAAUGGCGAUGGCAAUUCGGGCUCGGUACAUCGACCUGCUAUGCGUGAAGGUUCUUCAUCGUCCACCUCGUAUGGCACGCCGGCCGGCUUGCGCAAAAAACCCACAGAAUCAGCAAAGGUGGGCAAUGCUUUGGACGGCACUGGUGGCGCUGGUAGCAGUAGCAGACGCAAACCAAGCCAUGUUUCCAGCGGAAGUGGUGCCACUACGAUGCCGCGUCAUCCAGAUGCCACCAAUUCCAAUAUGGCAUUCACAGCAAAGCAGCCGGUCUUGCACCCUUCACUGCAUCAACAGCAACCUCUCCGCGGCAAGCCCUCACAGCAAAGUAGUCAGCGCUCCAAGGACGGCAAGCGCUCCAUCUUUACCGUCGGUCGUGGAGGCAUUGCAGGCUACCUCUCCAGUCUCCUAGGUACUGCAAGCUACGUCGACAUCACAGCCAAGACGGAUGUGUAUGUGGGCUUUUUACCUGCGCACGCUCUCGAGCGCAUCAUGGAACGUCGGCCGAUCGUGCUGCUGACGCUGUGCAAGCGUCUGUUGAGUCUGCUGCCUCCGCUGAUCCUUCACAUUGAUUCGUCGCUCGACUGGCAGCAAGUCAAUGCAGGGCAGGUAAUCUAUCGUGAGGAUGAUCCAUCUGACAGCUUUUUCAUUGUUAUUAACGGACGAUUGCGAGCAAUUACCGAGAAAACUAACGGUAUUGAGGUGCAUAACGAGUACGGACAAGGUGACAGUGUUGGCGAGCUCGACGUGAUCACCAACUCGCGCAGACGCACGACGCUCCAUGCCAUCCGUGAUUCGGAGCUGGCCAAGAUGCCUUCGACGCUGUUCAACGCCAUCUCGGUGCGUCACCCAGCCAUCACUAUUCAAAUCUCACGUAUCAUUGCGCGUCGAGUGCGCACAGAGCUCGUGAGGAGCAAACAGGAAGGUGCUGCGCUUGGCGCGCCUAUUCCGGGCCUGCCAGACCUUGGUCGCAACAAUCUCAACCUCAAGACGGUGGCCAUUGUUCCCGUAACACGCCAGGUGCCCGUGAUUGACUUUGCAGCUAAGCUGCAGACCGCCUUCGACGACACCAUCGGUGGCAGAGCGAUUUUCUUGGAUCAGAGCAGUGUCAUGGGCGUGCUGGGACGACAUGCCUUUAGCCGGAUGGGCAAGCUCAAGCUGGCGGGCUGGCUCGCCGACUUGGAGCAAAAGUAUCGCUUGGUUGUGUAUGUGGUUGACACCCCCGUUUCGUCAGCCUGGUCGCAAACUUCGAUCCGGCAGGCCGACUGCGUACUCAUGGUCGGAUUCGGCGAUGAGCCAGCGAUGGGCGAGUACGAACGACUGCUGAUGAGUGUCAAGACCACAGCGCGCAAAGAGCUCGUACUGUUGCAUCCCGAGAGAAGCGUCCCACCUGGUUCGACGCGCGAGUGGCUCAAGAACCGCCCGUGGGUGCAUGCGCACCACCAUGUAGAGAUGCCGGGCUUGACCGGAUCGCAUGCCGGCGCAGCCAUAUCCACGGGAGGUGACCCAAAGGCGGUCAAGGCGCUGCGCAACCUGAAGCAGAAGCUUGAGACGUCGCUGCAGCGAUACCGCAAGACCAUGACGCCACUCUCUGCAUCUGGUCGGCCCCACCAUGCAUCCGAUUUUGCAAGGCUGGCACGUCGAUUGUGCGGUAUGAGCAUCGGACUGGUGCUCGGGGGUGGUGGUGCGCGUGGCUGUGCUCACUUGGGUGUCAUCCGUGCGCUUGAAGAGCGUGGAAUUCCGAUCGACAUGGUGGGUGGUACAUCGAUUGGCUCGCUCGUGGGCGGACUGUACGCGAGAGAGGCCGAGAUGGUGUCAACGUUUGGUCGCGCCAAACGCUUUGCAGGCCGUAUGGCGUCUCUGUGGCGUUUUGCCUCGGAUCUCACCUAUCCAGUGGUCUCGUACACCACGGGGCACGAGUUCAACCGUGGCGUAUUCAAAGCGAUCCAAGAGACGCAUAUUGAGGAUAUGUGGAUUCCGUUUUUCUGCAACACGACCAACAUCACCUGGUCUCGCAUGGAGGUACACACGAGCGGCUAUGCCUGGCGCUACAUUCGCGGAUCCAUGACACUGGCCGGUCUCAUCCCGCCGCUGGUCGACGAAGGAAACAUGCUUGUCGACGGAGGCUACGUUGACAAUUUGCCGGUGACUGUGAUGCUGGCCAUGGGUGCACGGUCCGUGUUUGCGGUCGACGUCGGAUCCAUCGACGAUACGAGCCCACGUGCAUACGGCGAUACGUUGUCUGGCUGGUGGGUGCUUCUGAAUCGAUGGAACCCGUGGUCAGACGCCAGCAAGAUACCUUCGAUUCCAGACAUUCAAGGCCGUCUGACCUAUGUGUCGUCGGUCAAGACGCUCGAAGAAGCCAAGAAGGUGAAAGGAUGCUUCUAUAUGCGAAUGCCUGUGGAAGAAUUUGGAACGCUCGCAUUCGGACGCUUCGACAUGAUUUAUGAAAAGGGUUACAAGGCGGCGGUGGAGUUACUCGAUGGUUGGGAUGCAGAAGGGAAAUUGCCGUCUGGAACAGAGAGGGAAGAUUUUGAAGACGACUGGGAGGAUGGCGACGAGUAUGAAGAGUACGAAGUGUACACCGACGACGAAAGUGGGGUCGGUGGGGGAGUCAGAAAGAUCAGAAAGAAGCGAAGAAGAACGAGGAGAAAGGCGGGGAUCAGCGCUCGUCGCAACAGCAUCUAG